GAAUCAUGGACUCUAAAACACUGGAAAGCAUAUCUAAAGAAGAGCGUAAACGACAAGAAGCCAUUUAUGAAUUAAUAAUCACGGAACAAACAUAUCUUCGUGAUCUUCAAAUCAUAAUUGAAUUGUUUUAUGGCCCUCUUCAAAGUCUCCUUUCCGAACAGGAUUUAUCAACUAUAUUUUGUAACACUCAGGACAUUUUAUUAUGUAAUACUGCUAUUCUUAGCGAUCUGGAGCAACGCCAAGAGGAAGAUGCCUAUUUUGUUAGUAAAGUUGGAGAUAUUUUGCUCAAGCAUUAUGAAAAUUUAACGCUAUAUACGAAAUAUUGUGGUAAUCAACUGAACGCAACCAAAUUUUUACAAAAAAAAUGUAGUGUAGAUAAAAAAUUUGCUGAUUUUCUUAAGAAAAUUCAGCAAGAUCCGCAAUGCGGAUCAUUGGAUCUUUCUAGCUUUCUGUUAAAGCCAUUACAACGAAUCACUAGAUAUCCCUUAUUAAUACGUCAGAUAUUGCAUUAUACAAGCAAAGACAAUAUCGACCAUCAAAAUAUGAUGCAGGCCCUUCAUAAGGCAGAAAAAAUCCUGGAGGAAACAAACGAGGCAGCACGUGAGCAGGAGAACCACAUGAAAUUGAAUGAAAUAUCAAAUCUUGUAGAUUUAGAAAAUCUAGAAGAGAAACUUGACUUGACUAGUAUGACUCGUCUAGUUGGAAAACGACAAUUCAUUCUUGAAGGACCGUUAAAGAAAGCUAAAAGUGGACGCAAUUUGCAUGGAUAUCUUUUUAAUGAUAUAUUACUUCUUCGUCAUUCAAAUAAAAAAACAACUACCAAGGGACACAAAUAUUCCUUGUACAAGCCGCCAAUACCUUUGAAUGAAAUAUUUGUAAAAGAUAGUGGACUAGAUGAAACAUGUUUUCAAGUUGUACAUAUAGAGGAUGUUAUAAACCUUCGAGCAAGCAAUGUAUCCGUGAAACGGCAGUGGGUUAAUCAACUUGAAACCGCUAGCGGAUAUUGUCUUGCGGUAGAAAGAAAGAUUCAAAAAGGAG